CGCAAAAAUUCCGGUACCCGUUCUUCACGGAGAUGCUGUGGUACGUGCUCGACCGCUACGUAAGCUCGCUGCUCGGCCGCUCGCACCUCGCGCCCGAGGGGCAGAGCGCGCCGCCCGCGCCGCCCGCACCGCCCAAGGACCACGUGCACCUCACGCAGAACGAGCUGCACGGCCUGAAGGCUAUAGUGGUGUACUUGCAUCAGUUACCAGCGGCUCGCAAAUCCGUACCAGAGCUGUUGACGGAUCCGAUAGCGCUCGUGCGCGAUGUGCGCACGCUGGUCGAACAGCAUCGUCACGAUAAACAGCAUUUGGCUGUCACUGGUCAACCCGUAUUGAAAGGUCCAGACGAGUCGUCGAGCGGUGAGCGCAUACGUCAGUGGAGCGGGCGCGGUGGGCGCGGCGGGCAUCGGGGCGGGCCAGCCAGACCGCGGCCUGAGCACGCCAACAAUGCGCCUAGACGACGACGUACUAGAUGCAAGAAAUGCGAGGCUUGCCAGCGCACAGAUUGUGGCGAAUGCGUGUUUUGCCACGAUAUGGUUAAGUUUGGAGGUCUGGGGCGAGCCAAACAGACUUGCGUGAUGCGCCAGUGCUUGCAGCCAAUGUUGCCAGUGACAGCUUCGUGUGCCGUGUGCCAUUUGGACGGAUGGAUGCAAACACCGGUCGCUCCGCAGGCUAAGGGAAACUCUGGCCGCAACGGUCCGUCGCUAUUGCGCGAAUGCUCAGUGUGCUACAGCAUCGUGCACGAGACCUGCGUGCCGGCCGGUGGGCAACUCAACGAAGAUCUGCCCAACUCGUGGGAGUGUCCCACUUGCACUACCAUGGGGCUGCACCAUGAUUAUAAGCCUCGUCACUUCCGCGCACGUCAGAAAUCAUCAGACUUGCGUCGCAUGAGCGUUAGCUCCGAUGCCAGUCAACUGAGCCAGAAUCAUGUGCAAAACAAAUUGCCAGUUCUACCAUCAGUGACGGUGAAGACGGAGACAGGCUCUGAUAGCGAGAACAAGAAUGACGUGCACAUUAAAACUGAGGAUGAAAUAAAGCGCGAUGAAGACGGCAACGAGAUAGCCGGUGAGAGCGGUGAGCGCGGCGAGGACUGGGAGCCGGCGAACAAGCGGCGGCGUGCGAGUGAUGAAGACGAAGCGCCCAAGAAACAGGCGCAGAGGGCUCACCUCGCUUUGCUGCUCACCCAUCACUCGGCUAAGCCGCUCAAGAAACCGCUGUACCCGGUGCGUCCGGCGCCUGUGCCCAUAUCGAACUUCGCCGGCACGCCGUGGCUGGACCGCGACGCGAUGCUCAACGUGUUCGCGAAGCUGACGCCGCACGAGCUGGCCACGUGCGCGCUCGUCUGCAAGGCGUGGGCCGAGUACUCGAUGGAUCCGUCGUUGUGGCGCAGCAUGUCGUUCGUGCAAGUGCGCGUGUCUGCGGCGCAACUGGCGGGCAUCGCUCGCCGCCAGCCACUCACGCUUGGCCUUGAGUGGUGCCAUCUAGCAAGACGCCAGCUGGCUUGGUUACUAGCCCGCUUGCCGGCGCUCCGCUCGCUUUCCCUCGCCGGUUCGCCCGCAGAGGCGGCGCUGGCUCUCCGUUCGAGCGCCUGUCCCCCCCUCACUUCACUGGACCUGUCGUUUGCGCGAUGCCUCGACGACGCUAAGUUGCGCGGGAUCCUGGCACCGCCGGAGAACUCUAGGCCCGGCGGCGGAGCACGCUCCGGGACAGAACCGUCCCGCUUGGCCGCUCUCGCCGUACUGAGGCUGCCUGGAACGGAUAUCACUGAUGUUGCCAUGCGCUAUGUUGUACAGGCAUUACCGAAGCUAGUGGAGCUGGACGCGUCGUCGUGCGCGCGGCUGACGGACGCGGGCGCGGCGCAGCUCGCGCACCACGGCCUGCAGCGGCUCUCGCUCGCCGGCUGCCGCUUGCUCACCGAGGCGGCGCUCGACCACCUGGCGCGCUGCCCCAACCUCGUGCGACUUGAUCUCCGACACGUGCCACUGGUAUCAACGCAGGCCGUCAUUAAGUUUGCCGCCAAGUCCAAGCACAACUUGCACGUGAAGGACGUAAAGUUAGUGGAGCUGCGGGCCACCUGAUCCGAGGCCGACGUGGCUGAGCCCACGUCCGAUGCCACGCCUGACGUCACCAACGUCUCUGACGUCGCCGACGUCGCUGACAAAACAGAUGUCGCCGCUGACAAGGCUGACGUCGCCGCUGACAACGCUGACGCCAUGCCCGAACCAGCCAAGGACGCUGAAUGAAUCCCCCAGUUCAGUGAUACAAUGGUGUGCUGAAGACAAUGUGUUUGUGUGCUGUGAAUAUGAAUGUGAAACCAAAUUGAUCAUACUGUAAGUUUAAUUUACGUUAGUUAGAACUAAUUCGUUAACAGAAUCCUCCGAUUUAUAAUUUAUAAGUGCACUUCCUUAAAUGCAUUUUCUGUACUUGUAGUCUUGACAUCUGACAGAUUAUAAAAACUUUUCUGAAAUACCCAAUGUGUCAGCUUUAUAUUCUUAUAGUUUUGUCCCUUCUUUCUGCAGUUACGAGAAAUCCUUUGCUAGAAUGAGAAACAAUAAAGGAAUUUAGUUCACAUUGCUAUAUGGAGAGAGUGAACAAGGCUUUUUACUAAAGUAUUUUAGGAUUAUAAAAGGGGACUAUAGGAAUAUGAAGACAACUUAAAAAAAAAUACUUAAACAGAGGACUUCUUAUAUGAAUUAUUAUUAUCGCUUAAGCACACCAAUAUUUUAAAUUAUUGAACCUCAUUCACUUGACAGUAUGCUGUGUAACAUAUCAGAAAAUUACAUUGUUUGUUAAAAAUACUGUGAAGUAUCUGUACACAGAUAAUUUUAAAGUUUGUGAACUAUGAAAUUUUACUCUUCCAUAUAAAAAUUUACAUAUAUCCAUAUAAAAAUUCACAUCUCUGCUGGUAAAAAGACUCAUUUUUUACUUAAUAUCAAAUAUCAUUAUAAUUAGAUUAAUAUUAACACUCGCAACUUAAUUGAAGAGAGAAUGGUAAAUGAAUUGAAUUUAUAAAAUAACAAUAGAUAUCAAUAUAUGGUUAUUUAAGUGUUGUCAUUAACUUCAUAAAAACUAAAUUAAUCAGUUUGAACUAUGCCAUAUAACUGGUAAGAAUUUAGACAUUUUAAUGCUUAAGGGUUAUGGAGAUAAAAAAUAAUGUUUGUGGCAUUUCUUAAGCAUCAUUUAUCGGUAUUUCGAUUGUAAUAACAUAAUAAAUAUCUAUCUGUAUGGGUGAAAUUAGAACCAAAUUAUGAUACGUAAUUAUGAAUGUAACUCUUCUAAACUUCAGAGUGAAAAUAACGAUUGAAAUAUUGUAUAUAUUUAAUUAAUUACUACUAUUUGAAGAAAUUGUAAUGUUUGAUGCAAACAUUAUGAUAUAUUUUUUUGUGCCAACUUUGAAGCACAUUUUGUAUAUGCACAAAAUUAUUUAUUAUCAAAUAGUUAAAGAUAUUUCGAUUUUAUUGCAUGCUGUUGCAUUUUUUAUAUAUAUUUUAUUUGUUUCUUUGUUACAUUUCGAAGUCAAUAAAACCUGGGCGUUCUGAUGAACAAUAUCUUAUAAGUUGCAUUAUAUUAUAAUUUAUUUGAAUUAGACAACAGAUGAAAAAUAGAAUUUUUUCCCCCUUGGCAUUAUUUAAAAUAUACUCAAAUUACAAUUGGUUGUUUUGAAUAUUCAUAAAGUAUGAAUCCUGUAGAGAUCAAAGUAUGUUUGCUCAUAGGUAAAUAAGAUUUUCCACAAAUCUGUGUAAUAAUAGCAAUAUUGAUUACUCAUUGUUGUUUUGUGACUGAGCAAUAAUUGACUUUUCUUGUAUGGCCUAUGUGAAAUUAAAUUAUUUUCAAAGCAAUAAGUUACUGUAUUAUACUUGGAAGAAUACAUUUUAGUUUCAUGACAAUUCAGGAUUGGUUUUGUUGUAUUUUUAGUUCUAGUCGCUUCUUAGAUAUAAGUAUCUUGUAAACAAUAAUUAUUGUGACCGACAUUUUUCUCAAUUAUUGAGGCUAAAUAGUUCAUUAAAAUAGUAAUGUCUAAAGCUUGUUGGAACCAAUGAAUCACUUUAAAUUUAAUUUAGUAUGUUUGGUCCUUACCGUUUCUUUCUUUAUAGACAAGUUUUGUGUGUAGAAAAUUAACACAAUUAUGAAUAUAAAUACUAGCUAAACCUAGGUUAUACAUAAUUAGGUCUUAAUGUUAUCUUUUGACAUACUAAUCACUUGACAUUGUAAUUUUAAUGGGACAGUACGAGCAGCUAAUACACUAGCUUGGCACAUUUCUUAGAAUAAUUUUCAAUUAUCUAAUUAUAAUCAAAUGUAAAAAUUGCAUUUUUUUAGUUAUUUCACUCCACACCGGUCCCGUUUUUAUAUUAAAAAUAAACAAUUUGCUAACCCAUUUUAUUGGAUUUCAAGCUUGUCUCAGAAGUUAUGUAAAAAUUAAUCUGCGAGGAUAGCGAAUUGUUUGAACAUAUAAGAACGGAACAUAAAUAUUUUAAAAUAAUUGUAAAUAAUUAGUAUCUAAGUACCGACUCUGGUCACAGUAUGCGAGGUCGGGAUGGCCGCCUAUAGUAUUAGCCUAAGAAAUCAACAUUGGUAUCAAAGUAUUAAGGUACAAAAAUGUAUACUUGUCAAAAUUUUGUGAAACUAAAUGUUUGAAAAGGGCCUUUUCCACGUCACACAAUCAUCCUGCUUUGUAGGUUUUUAAUUGAAAAGUUACAAAAUUCUAUGACAUAGUUUGAGUUUUUCACUAUAUUAUAGCAAAUAGCAGUGUCUAUUAUGUAGAUUAUAAGAGUUAAGGUAUUCAACUUGUAAUUUAAUAUAUUAUAAUAUCAAAUAUUAGAUUUUUCGUACUUUCACUGUAAAGCUAUAAAUCAUUUCAAAUUGUGGACCUUCAUUUUUAGAAGUUGGUUGGAAAAGGCUUUUCCACAUAACAUAUUUUUUGUCUAUUCAACAUUAUCAAUAGUAAUAGCUCAAUUGCACUACAAAUAAAAUAGUUGAUGUUUAUUAAUUGUAAAAUUUUGUCAUGUGUAUGUUUUUGUCGUCUGUGUGUAAAUAUAAUAUCAUAUUCAAUAUCUAGGUGUAUCUAUAGUACAUAAGCAUUGUGUGCCUCUGUGUAUAGUUGGUUAGGUAUUAAAAACAUUAACUUGUCAUUUACGACACAAAAUUGUGUAUUUCUUUAUGUAGAUAAUUUAGAAUAAGAUUGAGAAUUUUGAAAGACUUGGCUAAGCUCGCAUGCUGGCAACUGGUUGGCAAGAGAUGGUGAUAUUAUAGCUAAUUAUAAUAAGAUAUAGAUGUUAUGUGAAAUUGACGUUAAAGAGUCUUAUUGUAUCAUUGGUUACCAUAAGCACGUAUAGUAUUUGAAAUAAAUAUUUACAUUGAGA